AUGUUUCAAAAUAAAAACUUACCAUAUGAACAAUACAAAGCAAAAGGAAUUCCAUCAAAGGGUUGGUCCUAUGAAGAUGGCUAUGAAAAUGAAUUCGAUGCAGAUGUUUAUCCAUAUAGAGGUUCAUCCCUCACAAAACAACUUGAGUUACAGCUUCGUUUGCAGAUGAAUGUCAAUGAUUUCAGCAACUCAAAGAGUCAAACUGUCAAGUUUGUUGAAACGAAAAAAGAAGACCUUAAAUGGAAUUAUGAAGAAGUUCAUGGAUUUUGGGUUUACAUUGGAAAUCCAAUGGAUUAUCCCAACAUGGAAGAAUCAAAAACUUUUAUUCCUUUGAAUUCUCGAAUGACUUUGAACAUUGAACCAGAUCAUUACACACAUGAAAACUGCUUUUUAGAGUGUCGAGUAAAACUUUCUAAAGCUUUCGAAUGCGUUCCAUUUUUUGCACCAUCAGUUGACAAUAUCUCAAUAUGUGAAGAGUCUCUGAGCUACAACGUGUAUUCCAUCAACGAUCGGCUUGUAAAAGAUUUGCACCAAAUGUCAAAUAUGAACUUCACAAAUUUACAAUGUAACUGCUUUCCUUCAUGUUCAUCUAUAAUGUACAACGUUCAUGAAGUAAUGACGGGAUCUAUUCCAAUUUUAAACAACACAUUUCGCUACAGUGAAGUUACUGUAAAAUUCAGCUCACCGAAUUUUCUUGCAAAACGACGACAGGAAUCUUAUAGUAUUUUAGAUCUGUUAUCAGCUUUUGGAGGAUUACUUGGAUUGUUCGUUGGAGCAUCCGUCAUGAGUAUUAUGGAGUUAAUCUUUUUCUUCACUGUCAAAAUUGGUAUUGAUCUAUUGACGAAGAAGCAUUAA